CCGGACCUAGAAAUAAUAGAUGAAGCUCAAGCUGAAACAUCGAAGUCUGUAGAACUAGAUGCAGAAAAAAAUCCUUGGCCACAUUUGGAAGAUUUCUUUUUGUUCAAGCGUAGGAAAGGUAACAGCAUCAUCAUGCAGUGCAAGAUGUGCCUCCCAGCAGUGAAGUACCUGUCUGCUUUCAACAACUCCACUUCAAAUCUGCAGAAGCAUGUUUUGAGCCAGUCUGAGGAUGCAGAAUCAGAUGCUGAGUCGGACAGAGAUUCAAUUGAUGAUGAGCCCACAGCCAACUACCUGGACACAUUCAGCAUCCUGGAGCAAGAUAAUGGCCUGGAGUACCAACUUCCUACACACCAAAGGUGUGCAUGCCAUCUUCUCAACUUAGUUGCCAUAACAGAUGCUGAGAUAGCAGAAAAGAAGAUGGACACAUACAAGAGACUAUCACGUGCAGCCUUUGGGAAAUGUCAAGCCAUGUGGAACAAUACAGGUCGUUCAUACAUGGCAGCAGAAGUUGUGGAAGAUCAUUGCCGACUCCAGCUCAUCCGACCAAAUCAAACGCGGUGGAAUUCAACAUUCAUGGCUGUGGAGAGAAUCAUACGGAUCAUACAAGAGAAAGGGGAGGAGGCAAUCAGGAAUAUUUGUGAAGAAUUCAAAUUGAAAACGCUGACUCAAGCAGAAAUUGCUUUCCUGACUGAUUACUGCUCGGUGAUGAAACCUCUGGUAAAGGCCUUGAACAUACUUCAGUCAGAGACCAACACACACUUAGGGUGGCUUCUUCCAGUGAUAUGUCAGCUACAAGCAAAACUCAAAAGGCAGGAGACCUCAUCCAAGAUGUGUCUACCACUCAUCAAAGCCAUUCAGGAUGGUGUCCAAAAGCGUUUUGGUGUGAUGAUGAUGGACCCAGAACUGAUUGCGGCAGCAAUACUUCUACCGAAGUUCAAGACCACCUGGACAGAGAGGCCUGAUGUCAUAGAAACAGGUCUGGCUUAUGUCAGACAACACCUUGACCAGAUGGCAGAGGUAGAAGUGGAGCAAGUUGGACAACAUUCCUCAGAUGAAGAUGAUUUCUUCUCCUCAAUAAAGUCCAGAAGGUACAGGGGAGUUGGAAGGGUACCUAGCCUGUAUCCCAAACGAUAUGGAUCUGCUAAACUCCUUUCCAAAUUUAAAAAAACUCUCUCUGAAACUCAACACUGGCCUGCCUGCUUCAGCUGCCUGCGAGCGGCUUUUCAGUUGUGCUGGAUUACUGUUCACUGCAAAGCGAGCAAGGAUGAGCUCAACUAACUUUGAAAAUCAGCUGCUGCUUAAACUGAACAAGAAGUUUGUAGACUAGGUUAUAGGUGAUUUAGGGUGUCACAAAACU